AUGCAAUCGAUUAACUGGAUCUUAUCGCAGUAUGUCGUCCACAAUUCCCUUCAGAUCUCUUACUCGUACUCCAGUGGACCUGGUGGUCAGCACGUGAACAAAACCAAAUCGAAGGUGGAAAUCAGAUUUCACGUGCCUUCUGCCUCAUGGAUUCCGGACGAAGCACAUCGAAUCACCAAAGAUCAGUAUUUUGUUAUUAGUUCUGAUCGGACUAGAAAACAGAUCCUCAAUCAGGCAGACUGUAUGGAACGCAUACGCCGAAUGGUUCGGGAGUGUUUAAACGCGACCAAAAAACCAAUCGUCGAUCCAGAUACUUUGGAAGCGAUUGUUGCUCGAAACGAGAAUCGUUUGCGCGAGAAAAAAAUAGUGUCUUUCACAAAACAACAGCGUCAAAAGCCCACGGUCCAUGACUUCCAAAGCGAGUGA